AUGUUUCUCCCCCGCACACCCCUCCGCCGCCUGCGCGCCAUCUCGAUAUCUCCUCUAACAACUUCAUUACGAUCAUACCAUCCAACCCACUUAUACCCUGGUCAAAAGCUUCACCCUAAUCUAAUUCCCCUCCUGAACACCAUCUCCCCUUCAAGCACAACUACAGUCCGUUCCAAUGACAUCUGGAAAGUCCUCUUCACAAGCAUCGGACCCAGAGAUCCGGUUUCUACAACAAACUUAAAAUCCUUCUCAGAAGUACAUACCGAUCUCUUGGAGAGAGACACAGCUGUCCUGGUCAUUGUUCCAGGGACAGAUAAAGCCACCAAAUCAUGGUUGAAAGAUAUUGCAAAAUCCACCGGCGGGUUCCAGGAUAGACCAAUAGAUCUUGAAGGAGAGGUCAGCUCUAGAGUAUUGGGGUUCCCUGUCAUCGCAGAUCCGAACUAUACUUUAUUAAAACGCCUGGGAUUCCUUGAAGGAGAAAAACCUCACACAUUACUACACAUCAUCGACCCAACCCACACAAUCCGUCUAACACAACUCCUCCCUCCCUCUCUCGGAAUAAACACCUUAGACAUAGUCCGAACCCUCCACGCCCUUCAAACUUCCGACGACUAUGACAUCUUGAUCCCCUCAGACUGGGUACCCGGUAAAGACGCUCUGAUGCCCAUCAAUCGUCUUCGUAACCCUGCCGGCGUACAAGCAUUAAAACGCGAUAUGGAAGCUACGAAUUCGCAGGGAUUAAGUAACCUAGACAUAGAUGAUGGUUUACUAAGGGACCGGGACGAUGAAGGCGAGCUUAUCUAUAGAAAUGAAUUGGAAGAGGAAUAUGAAAAUAGAGUAGUGGAUAAUUCUAUGCCGCCUGGAGAGGUAUGGGAGGUUUUGCCAUACCUCAGGUAUGUGAGGAUUGAUGAUUCUGUGGACAAUUCAAAUAGUAUCAUCGGGUACGAAAGGAUGAAAGGCGAUCUGAUACGGAGUUUUGAGAAAUUUAAAUAUGAGAAAGGGGAGAAACGGAGGGAGGAAGGGAAAAAGGAGGCGGAGAAGGCAAGGAGUCAAAGAGAGAGGACGGUGAUGGAGUUACUUAGGGAGGCGGAGAGGGGAAGGCUGCCGCGGAAGAAAUAG